AUGGUCGCACCUAGCAAGCCACCCCCACCAGUUGCACCCAGCCAUCCAGACCCACAAUCAGAAAGUUCCUCCUCAGCUGAGGAGUUGAGAGAGUCGAGCUCGUCGAGUUCGUCGAGCCAAAGUGAACCCCAGCGGGCUAUCACACCAACACUCCGACCUCAACCACCCAUUAGACAGCAUGCUGCGGAGGAGCGCGAGCAGGAAAGGCGAGAAACCGACAUUCGAAUGCAGGCUGUGUAUGAACAGGCCCUCCGAUUUUCUGUGGAGGGAUCUGAAGAUUUGUACAACAAGGGGUGUGAGCUGCCUGUUCAGAGCCUACUAGGGGAUGAUGACAACGAGGACACGGUUGAGGAACAACACGACGAGGAGUUGGAAGAGGAUAUCCCCUCUUUGGCCAAAGGGAAGCGGAGCAGAGCAUCGCCGGAUGAUGAAAACCUCGACCCCAUUCUCCAGAACCUUGAUCCAUUUGCUGAUUUGCGCCCACGGAAUGAGGAGGAAGAGCGGCGUACUUUGAAAAGGCUCCGCCAAGAGUCCCGACUGACUCCUGACACUGUAGGAGAUACUUCUAGCUCAGCCCAGCUCAUUGAGCCGGCUCACCAUACUUCUCCCCCACCCACUGCUCCACCUCAUGAUGCUGCUGCAGAUCCGAGCGCCUAA